AUGCCGUUCAAAAAACACCUUUCAUCAAUACUGAAACGCCAUAAAGGCGCCACGGAGACGCCCACCAGUCAGCUAGAACAGAACCCCGCAAGCAACAGCAAUGCAAUUUUGUCGCCAACGUCUUCCAAUGGCCAUCAAACUACUUCAAGUGGCUCUCAGAUCAACCCAAGUCACUCCCAUACCCACUCUAGCCCGCCGAUAUCGGGAACAGGCCAGCGCAACCUGUGGCAUGAGGCCUUUGACAAAUUACCUCCGAACUUCAAGCAUGAACUUGAAAUCCGGGGAAUGAAUCAGCAAAUCGAUAAUCCAGUUAAAGAGUUUCAAAAGGAGGCAGAAAAAGUGCGAGAAAAAGGUCAGGAGAGAGAAUGGAAAGUCCAGAUAGGAAGCCAUGAGCUUCCAGUCAGACAAACGGCUGUUCAGAUCUUGAAUUGGGCAAAUAAGGUCGGGGACAUUGCCAUCCAGUUUUCGCCGUCCCCUGGUGCCGGGGUGUGGGCUGUCGCAAAAUUUGUUCUUAGUGGGCUCGAUACCUUCAAUACCGAGAAGGCCGCGCUUCUUUCUGUUAUUGAAAAGGUGGCGGAGGCCAUAUUCUGCGGUGAGCUCUACUGCGGAAUAUACACGCUCGAACGCACCGGAAGAGCGGACGUCGUAACAAAGCUUCAUGAUACACUGGUGGACCUAUAUGUCUGCGUGAUGGAACUUUUGGUCAAAUCAUUGGAUCUUUCGUCCAAUACCGCAGUGCAAUUCUGCCGAGCUAUCUUCGAUCCCAAGAAACCAUCCGAAAUGCUGACGAGUUUGGAAGGGAAGGAGAAUGCUGUCCAAGCAGCAGCGGAAAGAUGUGAGAUCACGGCACAUGCCUUCUGGGAUGAAACUUGGAAAGUAUACCUUCAGGAAGCCCAAAGAUCAUUGGACCAAGUUAUCCAGUGGAUCAAUGAGGAGGAACGACGGGAACUUCUGGAGUGGGUCUCUAAUAUUCAGCAUGGUCUCCAUCAUGAGCAGAUUGAAGAACGUCGAAGUCCUGAGACGGGUAAUUGGCUUUUUCAGCAUAAUGCAUUUCGGACGUGGUUUGACUCAACUUCAUCUAGUGUGUUGUGGCUUCAGGGAUCCCCUGGCACAGGAAAGACCUUUUUAACGUCAAGCGUAGUAAAAUAUGCAUUAGAAAAUAUAGAGUCCCAGAUGUAUGGGAUGGCGUAUUUCUUUUGCAACCACGCAGAGAAAAAUCGGCGUGAAGCCCUCCCUCUGCUUCAAAGCUUAGUUCGUCAGCUUGCUGCACCAAAAAUCACCACCCAUGCGGCUAGGAGAGGCCUUCGAGAAGCACGAAAACGGGCUACCGAUAAAGGGUCAGGUAUCGGUCUAUUAGAGUGCCGUCAUCAGCUCUUAGACUCUUUAAAUUCAUAUUCGGAGACCGUCAUUAUUCUUGAUGCCUUGGAUGAACUAGUUGACGAAGAACUUGUUUUAUUAACCAAAGAGCUCAACGAUAUAAUAUCCGAAACUCGAGACAGAAGCAGGGUCAAAUUUCUUGUCUCCAGCCGGCCUGAUGAAGAGAUUGGUGUGGCUUUCAGCUUGAGCCCAACUGUCACUAUCCAAGCAACCGAUAACCGAACUGAUAUUGAGAGAUUUGUGACCAUGGAGCUUAACAAAUUUGAAAAAAGUCACCCAAGAUCAGUCAUCAAUAUAAGAAAGGAAGAGAUAAUCAAGUCUAUCCUUGCCAAAUGUGAUAAUGUGUUCUUGUGGGCUGCUCUCCAAGUCAAGCAGAUAUUGAAAUGCAAAAUACUUGAAUCAGUCGACCAUACGCUGAAAAGCCUUCCGAAAGACUUGAGCGAAGCUUAUGAUCGGAUCUAUCAUAAGAUUCAAAGUGGUGUUUCCCCCGAGGCCGAGAUGGCUAACCGCACGUUCAGGUGGAUCAUGUCCGCACCUGACCCACUCACCAGCGAAGAGCUGCUCUCUGCCGUUCGCAUAAAUAUUGAUAACGAUGAAAUCAACUUGGUCAAUCCGGUUGAGCAAGAUACCUUGUUAUCCAUUUGCGAAAAUUUUCUGAUCGUUGAUUCCAAUGGUCAAUGGAGAUUUUUCCAUCUUUCCGUCCUCGAGUAUCUCCAGAGGAUGCCCGAGUUCAACCAACAAAAGCACCUUUAUUGUGCACAAGUCUAUUUUUUUUGUCUCAUGAGAACCUUUGCAAAUGCGGAAUCCACUUUCCUUCUAAACAACAUGGACCCGGCACCGUCUUCCGGGGACUUUGUGGAUCCACUAAAUGCCGCCAAUGGCUUCUCUCGGCACAUUCAGAGAAAUUGGCCAUACUACGCUUCUAAAUUGACUAAGAAUGAUUCCCCAUUCUUAACCUUGCAAAGUUUCCUUGGAUCGACCAAUAAAAGCAGCCCCUUUUUUAUGCGAUGGUCUAGUCACCUCUUCGACAAGGAAAAACUAGUCUCCUUUCGGUCCUUGAAGAUUCUGAGAUUGUGGGAAGACGACCUUGCACCUUUUGCGACUCCAAUCUUUGCCAUAGUGCACUUCUCAUUGCAUGAGAUCUUCUAUCAGUGUUGCGAAGAUAGUGACUUCGACCCUUUACAACCUAAUGAGAACGAAGAAGGCCUCUUUGAGAUAGCUGCUAGUGCUGACUGCGUACCGAUCUUGAGAACCCUCGUUUCAAAAUCUGCUUCAAUCGACCAGAAUUUAUUCGACAAAGCUCACGGGGCGGCAAUCUGCGUCGCCGCAAGGCUUCAAAGCUCAAAUGCACUUAGAUAUCUCGUGGGUGAAGUCAGCGCACACGUGAAACUGCUGCCCCGGGUUGAGGGCUAUGGCAGUGCGCUUGCUGCUGUUUGCUGUAGUUCCGAGAACCUUGACAUAGUAAGGUAUAUUUUGGGGCAAGGGGUAGAUGUAAAUCUUGCGCUUCAAGUCGGGGACUAUGGAAGUGCGCUUGCUGCCGCUUGUUCCAAUCCCGACAACCUGAAUACAGUAACAUACCUGGUAGACCAAGGGGCGGAUGUGAAUCUUCCGCUUGAAGUGCCCGGGGGUUAUGGCAGCGCUCUUGCUGCUGCUUGCUUCAAUGCCCACAAUCUUGACAUAGUAAGAUAUCUUGUGGAGCAAGGGGCAGAUGCGAAUAUUCCGCUUCAAAGUGGGACCUACGGCAGUGCGCUUGCUGCUGCUUCCUCCAUUCCCGAUAACUUGGCUAUAGUAAGAUAUCUUGUGGAGCAAGGAGUGGAUGUGAAUCUUCUGCUUCAAGCUGGGAUCUACGGUAGUGCGCUUGCUGCUGCCUGCCGCUGGUUUACCAAUUUGGAUACAGUAUCAUAUCUUGUCGAGCAGGGAGCGGAUGUCAAUCUUCCACUUCGUGUUGGAAACUAUGGCAGCGCGCUUGCUGCUGCUUCGUCCACUCCCAAUAAUUUGGAUAUUGUCAGAUAUCUUGUGGAGCAAGGGGCAGAUGUGAAUCUUUCACUUCAAGUUGGGCGCUAUGGUAGUGCGCUUGCUGCUGCUUCCCGCUGGUCUACGAGUCUUGACAUAGCAAAAUACCUUAUCGAACAGGGAGCGGAUGUGAAUCUUCCGCUUCAAUUUGGGAACUACAGUAGCGCGCUUGCUGCUGCCUCUUCCAAUACCGACAACUUGGGUAUGGUAAGAUAUCUUGUGGAGCAAGGGGCAGAUGCGGAUUAG